CCGAAAUAUCGAUUCUUUACAAUCUGAUGGGCAAUAUAUUUUAUUGUAAUGCUAACCAGAAGGUCAAGAUUAAAACCUUGUUUGUCCUGGUACGAGAUUUGCGUGCAUAGCCCUGGUGACGUAUUUUAUAGUAUUUUAUUGCAAGCCAAAACAUUUAGAUUUUUACUUCUAUCGAUUAUAGCAUAAAACAACUUUCAAGCGCAAAAUGUACUCGACAUUGCACGAAUACACAUCAAAAUGUGUCUGCUGUCUACCUUCAAAUUCAAAUCACACCUCAAAUAGUGUGUGUUAGCGUGAUGUGAUUUAAUUUUCAAUCAUUUCACCGAUUAAUGAACAUUUUAAAGUUUUAACACGCAAUAUCGAGGUCUACCCACAUCUCCACGCAAUUACCUGUAAUCAACUCUAAUCUUUAAAUUAAAACAACCCCCUUUUCGGAAAUAGUACGUAUUUUGAAAAAUAGUAAUUAUUUAUACAACCAACCAUACUGUGCGCAUGUAUAAAGUGUUGCGUUAUAUCGACAUCAGUUUUAAACUUGAUUGUCUUCGAAAAUAAAGCGCUGACCCAGCUUGUUUUAAAAUAUUUUUUUCUUGUGAUAUAUUUAAAAUAAAUGAUAAAAAGAUACUAAAAUGGAAUCAAAUAUAAACUAUACGUUGGAGGAAUAUUACAGGAAGUUUAUUGAUCUUCAAGAUAAGUUAAAAAAGAGUGAAGAACAGAGGUUUGUUUUGGAGAAGAAAUUUAACGAUAUGCUUGAAGUAGCUAAAGAAGAAGAACAAGUUCACUACAAGAAGCUCAGAUCUCAGUACAAAAGAUUUUUGGAGGAAGACCGAAAAAGACAAGAAAGAAACGAGCAAAUUGUAAGAAACUUAGAAAGAAUCGAAACACGAAUUUCCAUGCUUUCUGCUAAGACUGAAAGGAUAGACGUUCUUCGAAAACAGUAUCAACACUACCUACAAAGAAUAGCAUAUCAAGACAUGGCCAGGCGAAUUGAUAUAAAACCUUUUGGUACUAAAAGAAGCAAAUCGUUUGUAAAAGAUGAAAAAUCCAGUUUGUAUCAUCCAGAAAAAUCUACCCAAACUUUCGAUAUUCAUAAGCCUUUAUUCGACCACACUGUCAACGAAAAACCAGUGCAUAGAAACCAUUCAAAUGAAGAAAAAAUUGAGAUAUUAGACAAAUACCUGCAGAGUCUUUCUACUGAAAAAAGUGUUGAUAUAUUAAACCAACCAAAGACUUUAAAAGAACCACUUUUGUUUGAUAAGUAUGAUUGGAACAAACAGUCAGACUAUUCAAGCGGAUAUUCAAACCAAGCCGCAGCUAUCGCAGAGAACAUCAUGGAUUCAAUUUAUUCCAGACAUUACUACAAAAACGAUCAAAUACUUGAAAAUAAGAAGAAAUCUGAAAAUACAUAUCCAGAAAUAUAUCCAUCUUCUGAUGGUAGAUUUCCUGGCAAUUUAUAUCAAGAUUACACUAAAACACUACUUGUCAAUGAUAACUCUAAAGUAAAUGACCCUGAAUAUACCAACGGCCAACUUAGAAAUAUUGUGCACUCUAAGAAACAUGACGACGGUACUUCCAAAAUUCAAAAUUCUUCUGACAUUUCUUUUAAACUGGUUGAUAGUCCAUGUGGCUUAUUUGAAAACAAUUCUUAUAAAAAUUAUAAUAGAGAAGGGUAUAGUGAAGAGUGUCAGAAUAAUAAUAAAAUAUCUAUUGAUAACAUAAAACAAGAAAACUUCUCUAAUGCACCUGUUCCUCAAGCAAGAAUUAAUAAUCCGUCAAAUACACAAGAGAUUGCAACAGUAAGUACAGGAAAUAUCAACCAGAGUCCUAGAGUAGAAAGUAAAAAAUAUUCUCAACCUAGUGUUCAACACAACGCUUCUACUGUUAAAGCUUCGGAUAAAGAAAAAACAACGUUAGACUCUGAAAAGCGACAUGAUUUCAAAUAUGAAAACCAUAACCAAGAGCAGCAAUACGGAAAUAAAGCACAGUUCAAUAACACAAUAAGCAAAUCCGAUAUUGAAGUCUCUAAUUAUAAGCAGAAUGAGCAAGAUCUCCUUCAAUCAGAUGUGCAACAAAACCGUUAUAAUGCUACGGAUUUAGAAGUACAUCAACAGGCAAUGGUAGGUCAGAAUCAACACAAUAUUCAUUAUCAUAAUAAUAAUCACCAGCACGAAGAUAAAAAUGAAGCAUUGCUUAAUAAAAAUAUCACAAAAUCUGAUCAUAUUAGAUCUCCUCAAUAUAAUCAUAUUGAAGAGCAUAUUCCUGUUCAAGCAGUCGAAAGAUUGAAUUUAACAGAAGAUAAUAAAGCAGGUCAAAAUAUACAGGUUAGAAUUCCCAAUAAUCACCAAAUUGAAAUAGUGGAUAAAGAAACUCCACUUCACAAUGAAAAACAUCAGACAAUUGAUAAAAAAGAAAUAUCUGAAUAUGAUUUCAAUAACCAAAAAAAUCAAUAUGACAGAGGUGAUAAAUCUGAAAUAGUUCAAUCUACUGCCAAGGAAAACAUAUUGCAGUAUAAUCAACAUGAUCCGAUUCAAUACCAAUCUGACGUACUAAAUGAACAACUGUCCCAAUAUGAUCCCGGUACACAGCCAGUUCAACAAAAACAUGAUGGUUAUACAACUGACCAUUCCCAAAUAUCGCAUAUCAAAUCUGGACAAUCAGUUACUUAUGAUCAUUACUAUGAUGAAGGACAGGCAGUUGAAUCGCAAAUGUAUGAUCAAAAUGGACAAUCUGCUCAGUGUGUUCAAAAUGAACGAAUUAUUCCACACGAUCCACAUAGACAAUCUGUUCAAUAUGAUCAAAGUCAACAGCCCAUUCCUCUUAAUCCCAAUAUACAGACAAAUGAAUACGAUCAAAGCAAAGAACUGAUUGGUCAAAAUGAUCAACAAUUUUCAUAUAAUCAUGGAAGUCAAGAAAUUGAUCAAGAUGUACAACCCCAUCGUUAUGAUCAAAGUAGACAAUCAUUUUCUUACAAUAAUAAAGGUGAAACAGUGCAGUAUGAUCAAAGCGGUCAAGCAGUUCACUAUGAUCAAACGCUUCAAUACAGACAAGAGAACCAAAAUGUUGAAUAUGAUCAAACUGGCCAUCAAAUACAAUAUAAUGAAAAUGGCCAUGGAAUUCAGUAUGAUCACGCACCUCAAUAUAAUCAAAAUACACAACAAUAUGAUGAAAAUGGACAACCAAUAGCUUUCCAGGAUCAAUAUCAAUAUAUGCAGUCUCAAGUAUUUUAUAAUCAACACGGACAAAUAGUUGAACCACAAUACGAUGAAAACGGUCACAUGAUACCUCAAUAUGAUGAAAAUAAUCAGCUUAUUAUGAUCUAUGAUCAAAAUGGUCAACCCAUAAAUCAUUAUGAUCAAACCCAACAGCAAUAUUAUGAUUACGCCAAUCAAAAUUUAACUCAAUAUGGUGGUGAUCAAUAUGAUCAAUAUCAAGGCGAGAAUCAGAAUCAGUACGUCGAAAAUGUUCAGCAAGGUUAUGUUGACGGACAAACUGUUAAUGUUACUCAACCUGAUGACAAUAAAACUGAUGAGAUUGAGAGUAAAUCUAUCAAUCAUGAAGAACAGGAAAGUAAACAGUUAGAGGAAAGGAGUGAUCACAAUGCUGAUGAAACUGAUGAAACUGUUGAAGCAAAAUCAAAUAAGGUCAUGGAAAUGCUUGAUACGGAUACAGAAAGUAGUUCCAAACAGAAUGUUAGUAAGGUUUCAAAUGAGAGCGAUUUUGAUUUUAGUUAGAGAAUAUGAAAUUUUAUGUUUUAAUUUGAAUUUAAUAUUUUUUUUUUAUAUUUAAUCAAUUUUAUUCUAAUGUAAUUUGAAUAUAUCUUCUACAUAUGUUAAAGAAUAAAUGAGGCUACCAGCGCAAAAAAAAACGGCCUAACCCCAAAAAGCUUGUUUUGAGAAAACUUGGAAUAAAGAUUAGUGACAAUAAUAAUGUUCGUUAAUGUAACUAGUUUAAUUUUCGAACAAUAUUUAUUCGAACAAUUUUAUUGAAAAGAACAAUUUUUAUUUUGCAGAAAAUAUUUGCCUAAUUAGUAUAUGUGAGUAUAUGUAUGUAUAGGUAUGUAUAAAUGUUGAUUACUAAAAAAAAUAGAUCAGGCCGUUUUUCUUUAUGAAUUUAUUUGCAAAGUUAGUAGGCCAAUAUUAAUAAUUGCAUGAAAACUAUUAAUGAAGCAAAUUUUGUAGUUUAAAACUUUUAUUGAAUUCGUAUUGAAUUUAAUAAAAUAAAUAUCAUUCAGUUCAAAUUUGCCAGUUUGUGGAUUAAGCGCGUUUUGCGCUGGUAGCCUCAAAUUAUUAAACAAUAUGAUAUUUUAGUGAGAAUUUAAAUAUACAGGGUGGUCCGAACUGUAUUCCGGAAACUUCGGCAGCAUAUUCU